AGAAGAUUUACCUUAUUUUAGCUGGAUUUCAUAUCGUAAAACUCUUAGCAAUGAGACUAAAGCUAAAGUUGAAAUAUUACAGAGUUUAGGAUUUCGCGUUGAAAGCACACAUCGUAUUGAGCUUCACAGAAGACAUCCAUAUGUAGUUAUUUUAGAUGAAAUCAAUGUGAUUAUACGUCAAAUGUCCA